GUGCAAAGAAAAUUUUAAGCAAUGGUGCAAGACAGGCUAAAAACAAGAAAAAAAUAGAAGUUGCUGCAGCUAAGGACUUCCUCUAAAAGCUUUGCAAGUGCGAGAUGAAUGAUAAGUGGCAGAGUAUGAUCUAACUUUUAGUCUCGCUCAGCAUUAGAACCUCACUCCAUCAACCUGCAACAUGAACCAGUCAGACUCAAACAGCACCACGGAUAUUGAUAUUGAAAUAACGAUUUACACUUUGGUGGAAGUUCUCAUUGCAGUAUGCUGCUGUCUUGGGAAUGCAAUGGUUGUUUUGGCUCUGUGGAAAACAAGAAGCAUCCAGCUGCCCACCUACUGCCUCAUUGUGUCUCUGGCUGUGGCUGACUUUCUUGUCGGAGCUGUGGCCAUACCAAUGGCUGUGCUGGUAGAUGGCCGAGUGAAAACUUCAUUCCACACUUGUCUCUUCAUCAGCUGCGUGGUGAUCCUGCUGACCUUAGUUUCGGUUCUCUGUCUGACGGCCAUUGCUGUGGAUCGAUACCUUCGGCUCUCUCGCCCUUUCUGGUACAAAAGGACAGUAACCUGGAGGUAUUCAUAUUCUGUGGCUGCUGCAUGCUGGCUUUUUGCAGUACCACUGAGUUUCACUCCCAUGCUUGGAUGGAAUCCAGGAUCAGAAAACUUUACUCCCUCUGAUAAUUGCAUGUUCAUAAAGGUGAUCAGCUUGAAUUAUCUGGUCUACUUCAACUUUUUUCUCUGCACCUUAACACCACUGCUGGUGAUGACUGUAUUAUACGCCUAUGUUUUCUGUUACAUUCGAGAAAAUCUCAGAGAGAAACCAGGCAACGGUGCCCAAAACCAGCCAAAGAACCAAUCUCUUUACCUGAGGAAAGAGAAACAGCUGGCAUCAUCUCUGGCUCUUGUCUUGGCUCUGUUUGCGCUGUCCUGGCUUCCACUUCACAUUAUGAACUGCAUUAAUUUAUUUGCAAACCGUGCAACCACAAUUGCUUUCCAUAUCGGCAUUUCUCUUUCUCAUGCUAAUUCGGCAGUAAACCCUGUCGUGUAUGCAUUUAAAAUAAAAAAGAUAAAGAGAGCAUACAUGAACAUCUGGAAACGGUAUACUUAUUGUGAAGCAGAAAGUCAAGGAUCUCAGACCAGCAAAUCUGAUGUUAUGCUCAGCUGCAACAAUAUGAGUGAGACCAAUGACAAUAUGAGUGAGACCAAUGAAAACUAAAGAAGUUUAUCUG